AUGCCUCACUCGUUUGGUCUCCGCGCCCGAACUCGCCACCUGUUCGCCAGGAAGUUCAGGCAGCAUGGCCCCAUCAAGCUCUCGACGUACCUCCGUCCUUACCACGUCGGAGACAUCGUCGACAUCAAGGCCAACGCAGCUGAGCAGAAGGGCAUGCCCCACAAGUACUACCACGGCCGCACCGGUGUAGUCUACAACGUUGCCCCUCGCGCUGUCGGUGUCAUCGUCUACAAGACCGUUGGCAACCGCAAGAUCGAGAAGCGUGUCAACCUCCGCGUCGAGCACGUCAAGCACUCCAAGUGCCGCGACGACUUCCUCAACCGCGUCAAGGCCAACGCAGAGAAGAAGAAGGAGGCAAAGGAGAAGGGAGAGAAGGUCAUGCUCAAGCGUCUCCCGGCCAUGCCUCGCGGCAGCUACACCGUCUCGACGAAGAACAACAUCCCCGAGACUCUCGCGCCCAUUGCCUACGACACCUACAUCUAA